ACACUGCAUUUUUGCAAGUUUUGUUGUUUGAUCGCGCUUUUUACAAUUAAUUUAACAAGCUGUAUUAAAAUGGUUCUUAUUAUGCGUGUUUCCCCGCCGGAACAUGGUCUGUUGUAUACGGCAAACAAUAUCAAGCUGAAACUAGGCGACAAAGUGGUGGGCGAAGGCACAGUUUACAUUGCCCAAAACACGCUAUCCUGGCAGCCAACUGAAUUGGCGGAGGGUAUAUCCAUUGAGUGGAAGCAGGUUAGCCUGCACGGUAUCUCUUCGAAUCCGAGAAAGUGCAUCUACUUCAUGCUGGACCACAAAGUCGAGUGGAACGGCGUCUACGGAGAUCCUCCCCAGCAGGCAGUCAAUGGUCGGAAUGGCGGUGGUUCGGAAGCGGAAGUGGACGAGGGAAAUGGCAGCGAUGAGCACGAUGAGGACGACAAUUUCGAGGAUGCCGUAGACGAGCAAUUUGGAGAGGUCACAGAGUGCUGGCUUAUGCCGGAGGACAUUCACACCGUAGACACUAUGUACAGUGCCAUGACGACUUGCCAGGCCCUACAUCCUGAUUCGGCAAACAGUGAUUCGGAAGACAGCGAUCCUAUGCAGGAUGCCGGUGGCUUAGAGGAUGAGGCUAUGGAGGAGGAUGAUGCAUUGACGCUUGGGCGCAACGGCGUGCAGAAUCUCAGUUUGGACGACGACGAAGAGCGAUUCGAGGACGCUGAUGAGUGAAGCAUAACCUAUUUAAACAUCAAUACCACGUUUUAUACCAGAUAAAAUGUACGAUAUAUAUGUAUUGGAUUAGAUUUUGGAGUAAUAAAUAGAACGCGGUAAGCGCGAUUAAAAC